AGGCGGCACGACCGGUGGGGCAGCAGCUCUGGGACCCGACGCUCAGGAAGCACGUUCUCUCCUCAGGUCCAGAAUCCGUGUCCAGCCCCAGCCCCGCGACCUGCCUCCCCCGCAGAGAGAAGCCACGCCAAGAGAGUGGAGCGGCUCCGCGGAGGACCCCAGAAAGACGGAAGAGGCGCGCUCCCUCCCACGGGAAAGACAGAUGUGGGGCUACUCAAAGGCGGGCAGAGAGGCGCGGGGCAGGCGGGGGAGAGCGGGAGCGUGACCGGGGAGGAAAGCUCUCCGGAGGGAGCGAACCAGACCACCGGGAGGUCCGCCGCGACGUCGGGCAGGAGCAGGCGCCGGGGAGAGGAGCCAGGAGGGGGCGUGCAAUUUUGCCCGAGGGUCCUGAGCUGAAACUCAACACCCGCCUUUAGAGGGAACGUCCCCCUUUCCCCUCCGCCCCUUCUCUUCCCCUCCCUUUUCCCCUCCCUCCUUUCUCUUAAUCCCCGGGACUGAGCCCCGCGCCGGAGCGGAGAGGGCCCGAGGGGAGGAGAGAGAAGCUGCACUGAGAGGGCGCCGGGAGCCCGGGAAGGGGAGGGAAAGGGAGCUGCGAGCCGGGGGUGAGCCUCGGGGCCACGCGCCACCCCUCCCCCCGGAGCCUUCCUAGUCGUCUCAGUGUCCCCCAAACCCCACCUUCAGGCGAGUCCGCAGGACCCUGGUCCCUGCUCCUCCUUCGCAUUCUCUUUGGUCGGUCUUUUGCUUUGUGGCCUUUCUCUCGGUUCCCAGAGACACCUGGGCUGCCCCAAGCCCUGGGGCGCGCGGAACGGCCCCACAAAGGGUGCGAGUGAGCAGGGCGAGGGGGCCGGUUCCGAGGGCCAGGGGGCCGAGGGCUGGAGAGGGGCGGGUGGGCCCCUCUGGCGCGUGGGGAAGUCCGUUCCGCCCCUUCGAGCCGGGCCCUCGCGCGGGUGGCGAGGCGCCGUCGCCGCGCCCCCAGAUCCCCGGGCGAGUGUGCCUGCGUGGGAACCCGCCUCCCCAGCGGCCGCGGUCUCGGAGCCCUUCGGCGCCAGCCUGGCCUCCGCUCAGCAAGUCGGAAGAGUUUAAAGAGGGACGAACGUCUCCGUCCUGAUCCCUCCGCCCUCCCUCGGCGCCGGACCCCAGCCCCAGGAGCACCGCACUCCAGGCCGGCUCCCGGCUAAGGAGGGUUGGCUCCUAAACUCGCUCGUCCAGCCCGACCGUCCCGGCAGCUUCUCCCUGCCCUCGGGGCCGUCCUGAGCGGCCCGGAGAGGCGUCGAGGCGCAACCCCAGCUCCCGCCUCUUCUCCUUUCCCGGCCCUGGAAGGGAGGUUUGGGCCCAUGCGGAUCCGGGGUGCCCCCGCGGCCUAGGGCAGGCAGCUCCCCGGCCUGGCCCACCCGGCGGCCCCCGGGAGGCCGCGGGACAGUGCAGAGCGCGCGCCCUUGGAUGAGGUCCCGCAGCGACGCCCUGGCCCGCCCCGCUCCUCCUCCUGCCCGACCAAGCUGCCUCCCAUUUGGGGAGUUUUGUGGGUUUUCUUUUUCCUCCUCCAACCUCCGCGGAGGCCACGACUCAGGCGCCGCUGCUGGGGGCCGCCUCCAUGGUGUGGGGCAGCCGCUGCUGAAGUCAGCGAAACAGCCUGGCCUGGAGCUGGCCACGCGGAAGGCCAAGGCCAUGGCCAUAGCCACGUCGGCUCAGCUGGCCCGGGCUCUGUACGACAACACCGCUGAGUCCCCGCAGGAGCUGUCCUUCCGCCGAGGGGAUGUCCUCCGAGUACUGCAGAGGGAAGGCGCUGGUGGCCUGGACGGCUGGUGCCUCUGCUCCCUGCAUGGCCAGCAGGGCAUUGUGCCCGCCAACAGAGUGAAGCUCCUUCCUGCCGGCCCAGCACCCAAGCCUGGCCUCUCCCAGGUGCCCCCAGCCCAGCCUGGCUCACCACAUCCAGCUCCAGAGAACAGCAAUGAGGACCAGGAGGUGUAUGUGGUGCCACCCCCAGCUCGGCCCUGUCCUACCUUGGUACCUCCACCUGGACCCUGUCCGCCCUCCCCUGAUCCCAUCUACAAGGUCCCCAGAGGCAGUGGGACACAACUGGCUGUCCCUGGAGAUGCCUUGGAGGUCUAUGAUGUGCCCCCCACUGCCCUCCGAAUUCCUUCCAAUGGCCCCUAUGACUCCCCAGCCUCCUUUUCCCGCCCUCUGGCCCGGGUGGCCCCAGAGCUCCCUGGAGAGGAUGAAGCUCCCUAUGACGUGCCUCUGGCCCCAAAACCACCCUCAGAGCUGGAGCUGGACCUGGAGUGGGAGGGGGGCCGGGAGCCAGGGCCCCCCCUCUACGCUGCCCCCUCCAACCUGAAACGAGCAUCAGCCCUGCUCAAUCUGUAUGAAGCUCCGGAAGAACUGCUGGAAGAUGGGGAAGGCGGGGUCACUGACGAGGGCAUCUACGACGUUCCCCUGCUGGGGCCAGAGACACCGCCUUCUCCAGAGCCCCUGGGAGCCUCUGCCUCUCAUGACCUGGACACCCUGGCCCUGCUUCUGGCCAGAAGCCCCCCAGCCCCACACAGGCCCCGCUUGCCCUCUGCCGAGAGCCUGUCCCGCCGCCCUCUGCCUGCCCUACCUGUCCCGGAGGCCCCCAGCCCUUCCCCAGCUCCCUCUCCUGCUCCGGGCCGGAAGGGCAGUAUCCAGGACCGGCCUCUGCCCCCACCACCGCCCCGCCUGCCAGGCUAUGGGGGCCCCAAGGUCGAGGGGGAUCCAGAGGGUGGGGAGGUGGAGGACCGUCCAGGAUACCACAAUGAGUAUGAGGGCAUCCCAAUGGCUGAGGAGUACGACUACGUCCACCUGAAGGGCAUGGAUAAAGCUCAGGAGGCCAGGCCCCCGGAUAAGGCCUCCCCGGGUGAUCCUGAACUGCUGGAGAGGGGGCAGCCAGAGCAGCAGGACCCCCUGUCCCCAGAAGAGCCACUGGUUCUGCCCGCCGGUGAUCUACAGCUCCUGCACUUCUACGCGGGCCAGUGCCAGAGCUACUACUCUGCUCUGCAGGCAGCUGUGGCAGCCCUGAUGUCCAGCACCCGGGCCAACCAGCCUCCACGCCUCUUUGUGCCCCACGGCAAGCGGGUGGUGGUGGCUGCUCACCGCCUGGUGUUUGUUGGGGACACCCUGGGCCGGUUGGCAACCUCUGGCCCUCUGCGAGCACAGGUUGGGACUGCAGGCUCAGCACUGGACCAGGCCUUGCGGGCCACUGUGCUGGCUGUCAAGGGGGCUGCCCUGGGCUACCCAUCUAGCCCUGCAGCCCAAGAGAUGUCGCAAUGUGUGGCAGAGCUGGCAGGGCGGGCCCUGCAAUUCACCACCCUGCUCACCAGCCUGGCCCCCUGACCUCCUUGGCCCCCAUUUUGCCCUUGCCUGCCUGCCAGAGCCCCCCCUAGGGCCUUGGGUGGCUGGAGGGCUCCGUCUUGGGGACUAGGGGAGGGGGAGGCACCUUGCCCUCUUCCCACCCCCUCCAGUCAUCUCAGCCUCUUCACAGAGGCACUUUCUCCCCCUACCCUUCAGCUUUUUGUACAAGCCAUUUUGUAUAAAUUAUUUAUAUUUAAUGUUAUUCUCUGUUUUGCUAGGGGCAGGUGCCAGACCCUCCAGGGCAGGGAGGAAAUGGAGCCUCCUCCUCCCUCAGCCUGGGGUAGAGGUUCUUGGCGCCAUACAGCCACCCACCUCUGGUAGCUUGGCCCCACAGAGAACCAGGUGGCUGAAGCCUGGGGCCACCUGGAGCCCCUUUCUUGUCCUAUGCCUUGACUAGAACAUCAGCACCUCACUGUCACCUGAGAGUGAGGGCGGGACAUUGGCCACCCAGAACAGGAAGGUCUGGGAGAGGCCAGAGGACGCCUCCUGGCAGGAGGAGGAGGAACUGGGCCUCCAGCACUGGUGUGCACCUCAAUAAACCCAGCUGUCUGGUU